CUGUAAUCACUCACUCGGGAGAGAAAGCUGGCAGUGUCCUUUACCUUUAAACCUCUCUGUACCAAGGAAAAAAUCUCUCACCAAAAGUAGAAAAAUCAGGUACUUGUGAAGUGAAGACGUAUAAGAAGAGAGACAUGAUUCUUAAGUACAUACCACUAGAUGAAGGAAUGAUGAUAAUGGAUGAGGCGAUCGUUAAGGCAAAGAAGAUUAUUGAAGGGUACCCUGAAACAAAGUUCAGUGGAGAAGAAUACCAGAGGUUCUAUGAAUGUGUUUAUUUCAUGUGCACUUACCAUAGCUCUAACGAGAAAACAAUGCAGCUCUAUGAGAAAUUUAGAAACAGCUUGGAAGAGAGCAUCUUUUCAACGGUACUGCCAACCUUAAUUAAUAAACAAGGUGCAAAUUUGCUGAGAGAAUUAGUAGUAAUGUGGUCUAAUUAUAAGCUGAUGGCAAGAUGGUUAUGUAGAUUCUUUGAAUACCUUGAUCGCUUCUUUAUCCCUCAACAUAUUGAGCUCGAGUCAUUGAAUGGCAUCUCAUUUAGUUGCUUCCGCGAUCUGGUUUUCAAGAAGUUAUAUUGUAGAUUCAUUGAUGCAACAUUGACUUUGAUCAAUCAAGAGCGUGACGGACUGCAGAUUGACUGCAUCCUGCUUAAGAAUGUUUUAGAUAUCUUUGAGGAAAUUAGUGACUAUAGCGGAGUUAACUAUUACAAAGAUUUUGAGCAGAUCAUGCUUACAGAAAUCUCUGGUUACUAUUCUCGAUUAGCUUCAGAAUGGCUUCUGUUUGAUUCAUCGGCUGAAUAUGUUCACAAGGUGUUCUGGUGCUUGAAUCGAGAGAAGCAGAGAGCCAGUCAGUACCUACAUCCAGACUCAGAAGCUAAGUUAAUGCAGGUUGUCAGAUAUCAGUUGCUGGACCAAAUUGCAAACAAAUUGAUGGAAAAAAAGCAAGCCGAGAAUUCCGGUCUGGUAACAGAUUAUCAGGAAAUAUUGUCCAAAUGUGCUGGCAUGACCCUUCAAGAGGGAAGUUCUUCAACAUCACCAGAAGAAUGGCUGUCCAAGUUAAUGGCAAGUUCAGCACAUAUAUGCUAAGUUUGUGUUGAGAGCAUUGUCAACAGAUGCUUGUACAAAUUACUUUGAUAAAAUAUAGUUACCAAUAGCAGAGUUGGUGCUUUGAUGUCUGUUCUUUUGUUUUUUGUUUUUGUUUUAGGCGAAAUUAAGCUUCAGCCGUUCAUUAGUUGAUUAGUUGAAUGAAAUUAAGAUGCUUGUAUUUUGUUUAUGUCGACGAUGGAGUUACUCCUGUAGAGAAUAUUCAUUUGCUAUCUGUAACAAAAACUAAUGUUCUUCUUAUUCAGAAUUUUUAGGCUGAGUGAAAAA